UCCUCAAAUAAUUAGCAAAGGAAGGAGUCAAGAAACAUCACCCUAUUUUCCCUCCAUUUUAAACGGACUCCAUAAAAAAAAUUCAGCAGCAUUAAUAAUCCUCCAUUGCUUCAGAACAAUGGGAUAUCCAAUCACGUGUCGGUUCAACCAUAGGAUUAAAACAACAGCCCAGAUAAAUUAAUCCUAUUGUUGAGCUGACAUCAAUAAAAUUAAAACAACACAACCUCAUAAACUUUGAUUUUUUUUUUGUGAUUCUUUCAACUUAUACUUGUAUGAUUUAAUUUGGACAAGUGUUUUUCAUAAAAAAAAACAAAGAAAAGAAAAAGAAGAUGGCAUCAUUCACAGGAACAUUGGACAAAUGCAAAGCUUGCGACAAAACCGUUUAUUUCGUCGAUUUGUUGUCUGCUGAUGGUUCCACUUUCCAUAAAUCAUGCUUCAAAUGUAGCCACUGCAAAGGAACCCUUGUGAUGAGCAGCUACUCUUCCAUGGAUGGAGUUCUGUACUGCAAGCCGCAUUUCGAACAACUUUUCAAAGAGUCGGGAAAUUUUAGCAAGAAUUUUCAAGCUUCAAAGCAAGAGAGGGAUCAUAAUAAUAAUCUGCAAGCAAGAGGACCAAGCAAACACUCUGCCAUGUUCUGUGGAACUCAAGACAAAUGCCCUGCAUGCAACAAAACUGUGUAUCCAUUGGAGAAGGUGACGAUGGAGGGAGAAUCGUUCCACAAAUCAUGCUUCAAAUGUGCGCACGGGGGCUGCCCACUCACACACUCAUCCUAUGCUGCUCUUGAUGGGAUUCUAUACUGCAAGGUUCAUUUUCAGCAGCUUUUCAUGGAGAAGGGAAACUAUCAGCAUGUUCUUGAUUCAGCCAAUCACAAGAAGGGUGCACCGGAGUCCGGUGAACCUGCAGACGACAAAUCCGAGCACUCGGAGGGGAAGGCUGAGGCCGAGGCUGAAGCUGAGGCAAAGGCAGAUUCUGAUCAAGAUUCCGACAAGCCACAAGAACAGUCUUAAAGAUGAAUAAAAUAACUGUCGAUAAAUAACGUUUUUUUCGGGUCUUUUUUUUUCUAUAGUUUUUUUAUUUUUUUAUUUUAUUUGCAUAUUGAAGUUGCUGAGUUUAUUUGAUUUUUUUUUUUCCUUGAUUUGAUUUUUGAGUUUAUAUGCUGUGAUAAUUAAUUAUUUGUUGUAAUUCUUAUAAUCAUAUAAUCAUGCAUAGUUUGUGUGGAGUCUAGUAGUAGUGUGAAGAAAGUACACCUCUUGUUUUGAUAAAGGAAAGC